AAGAGCUGGUCAACGUUGUGAAUUCACUGGAACCGCAAAGAAAAGAGGUCCACGUAAUGGAAACGUUGAAGUGAUCAAGAGUCCAGCUCGUAGAAUAGAAAAUGUUCUGCAGGAAAAUCCAAAUCUUCGAAGUCAAAUUGAACAGAUGCUUGCUCAUGGUAAUACCCGUCCUGCCGUUCGCUCUGUGCCGAUCAUACCCGCUAAUGCCCCGAUUGUUAUCAUUGAUGAUGAUACUGGGAUUACCACUGAUGCUUCUCAGUCACAUGGUAUCCCUAUAUCACGUUCGCGGGAAAGAUAUACCCAUGGUACGUAUUCUCGAGAUAUUAAUGUUCCCGUAGAAACACAACAAUUACCAAUUUUGCGAAAACCUAUUCCAAUUUACCCCGUGACCAUGCAUAGAAAUCAUGUGACAACCAUGCAAGUCUCCGAAAUGGAUUCUCCUAAUAUGUUAAAUAAUAAAACAACCUUACCUCCAAUUACUGAAUUGAAUCAACAAUUUGGCCAUAUUUUUAAUACACAUAAUUCUCAUAAUUCUUCGCAAAAUCGUAUGGCUUUACCAACACCUAAUCGAACUUCCCGAAAAAAAAACUCAAUGUCAAUUGUUAAUGUAUCUUCGGGAAUUGAAGUCUUACUUCCUCCCGCUCCGGAUUUAGAAAACCCACUUGACUCUAAUGCAAUGUUGAUAGAUAAUCAACAUCCGAUUAAACUACCUCCUUUAAAUCUUCCUGCUGUUCAGGAAAAAAUUUCAACUUUCGCUUCAUUACCAUCACCAUCUCAAAAAACAAACGAUUUUUACAUGCUUAAAAAAUAUCAGGAUUAUUACAACAAUCCUCCUACUCCAACUGAUUCAACUGCGUCUACCCCAUCGUCACCCCGUAACGCUCCAAAUUCGGAUAGAGCGACUAAUCCUCUUUUAUCACACCCAGUGACAUGGGGAUAUUAAUUUUUUUUUUAAAAAUCAAAAAUCAAAUAAAUUAGAACCGAACAUAAUUC